ACCCAUAAAGUGAAAGUGAUUGAGACCUUCAGUGAAGCUCCUCCUACAACAAUCCACCAAUAAAUGCUGGAGUCAAACACACAGAGAAAUCACUCCAUGUGUGACAACUGAAAUCUUCAUGACAUAAUGUUGAUGCUGGUGAAAGAGGAGCUUGAGAAGAUGACAGAUCCACAACCAUGCAGAAUAAAGGAAGAAGAUACUGAGGAACAAAUAGAUAUGAUUGAAGUGAAAGAGGAGAGUCAAGCUGAAGUGGAUGAGAAACAUCAGAUUGUAAAAAUAAACCAUAAUGUUUCACAGAAAGAAACUCUGAAGACAGAAGACAUAAAGUGUGAAAAUAGUUUCAGUGAAGAUGAACGCCCUGCAGAUCACAAGAGGACUCACAGUGAGGAGAAACCUUUAACAUGUCCUCAGUGUGAAAAGAGUUUCGGAAGAAAAGAUUCCCUUAACAUACAUGUGAGGGUUCACACUGGAGAGAAACCUUUCACAUGUCAACAGUGUGGAAAGAGUUUCAGAAGAAAAGAUUCCCUUAACAUACAUGUGAGGGUUCACACUGGAGAGAAACCUUUCACAUGUCAACAGUGUGGAAAGAGUUUCGGAACAAAUCCUAACCUUAACGCACACAUGAGGAUUCACACUGGAGAGAAACCUUACACUUGUCAUCAAUGUGGAAAGAGUUUCUCUGCUGAAAGUACCCUGAAGAUGCACACAAGGGUUCACACUGGAGAGAAACCUUACACUUGUCAAAAGUGUGGAAAGAGUUUCUCUGUUGAAAGUAACCUUAAGAUCCAUGCAAGGGUUCACACCGGAGAGAGACCUUACACAUGCCAUGAGUGUGAAAAGAGUUUCAAAACAAAAUCUCAACUUACCACACACAUGAGAAUCCACACUCGAUAGAAACCAUUCAUGUGUCAACAGUGUGGAAAUGGCAACAAGUUUCGAAAUCAGCUGAGGUCUUAUUAAUAAAACUGUGCGUAGGAUCCUUACUAAAAGUCUACAUGCACACAAAAGCCCAAAAUGUCUGUACUUGUGUUCUUUUGGACGGCAUCAGUUGCGGCCCAAGUACUGCUCCAAUCCCAAGUUCGCAUCAUGCCAAGUUCACAUAACAUCCCCAGAGGGGUAUUGUACAAAAGCAAGAUAAGGGAUUAAGAUGGGAUUUUCCAGUUUUCCUGGCUGAAUUUAGCCCUGACUCGGUUGCAUGAAGGGAGGCUAAAUCAAUCUAGAUGAAGUCACUAUGGAGAUAUACUCUUGCAGCUAGCCUGGCUAACAACCAGGCUAAAAUUAAUCCUAGUGAUUAAUUCAAUUCAAAGAAUUGUAUUAAUCUCAGGGGGAAAUUGCUUUAAUGUUACAAUUAUAGAAAAGAAAGAAAUUCAAGAAAAAUAAAUAAAAACAUAAUUAUAUGCUGUUACGUCCCUAGGGAUAUGUGUGUCUUUUUGGUUUGUGUUUUCUCUCUCUCUCUGCGCCUCUCUCUUGCUUUCACUUUUGCAGGGCGACGUGCUUAUUGGCUUUUUCAUCUGUCAAUCAUUAAGAGUCGAUUGGAUGUCCACUGUGAGGAGCGGGUUUCUUUAAUUAUUAGUAUACGAUACACCUGUAGAGUGCACUAUUUAACUCUUUCACCGCCAGCGUUUUUAAAAAAAGUUGCCAGCCAGCGCCAGCGUUUUUCAUGAUUUUCACCAAAGUUUAAUGCCUUCCAGAAAAUGUUCUUCUUUAAAUAAAUAAACAUACAAUAUACCAAAUGAAAGAACAGACCCUCUGCUUUCAAACAAAAAAAAAAACGUUUCAUCCUACCUUUAGUGGUUCUUUUGCAAUCAGCUUUUGAAUAUGGGUAGGUUUUUACAAAAACACCAUAUUUUGAGCAAAAAGCAAAAAUAAUUCCAUAUUUGUGACGGACUUUUCAUAGAGAUCCCAUCCAGAGCGAUCUUUAAAACAGACACGGACAUGCAGCAGCUUGCCAUAGGGCAAUACUUCCGGUUUUAAAAAGUUGCGGAAGGGCGCCACCUGGUGGAUAAUAGCGGUAUUGCGGAAAGACGAAAAAUCUCGUCAUUGGCGGGGAAGCGUUUUCUCUUAAUUGACGAGAUAUCUCGUCAAUGGCGGGGAAAGAGUUAAGCGAUACGCUGCAGCCGGUCUGGGAGAGACUUUUUACUUUGCUAUUUGAUUGUGACCUGUUUGUUUCUGUUUUAUGAUUAAGUUAAAAAUGUGUGCCCCGUGAUACGACUCAGAGGGGUUAGGUAAGCCCACCACGUGGUUUACAUUUGCACACAUGUAGUAUACUUUUGUUAUUGACAUUAGGUUAUGGAUUUGUGCCACUCUGGAUGUUUUUUGUUUGGUAAGUUCAGAAUAGUUUAGUUUACGACUUCACGGUUGUUGAAGAUUUUUCUUUUAUUAUUUUCUUUUUAGUUUAGGAUUAGACGGGUUUCGGUUUAGUCAGCUCUUUUUGUUUUUUGUUAUUUUCUUUUGUCUGGCACAAUCCUGCUGUUCCCUCUGUUAGUCUUCAUUUGGGUAUUUAUAAAUUCUUACUUUUUGUAUCCAAUUUAUUCCCUUACACACAUUAAAUUACCUUUAUCUUUUGAAUUCUC